AGAAAAGGAAAAGGAAAAGAAACAAAGCAAGACAAACUUCGCUAGAGCAGCCAGCCCGCGCGCCAGGAUCCCGGCCGGUUUCCAGUUUCCUAGAAACAGCGAUCCCACCGGACCCGGUCCUCCCCGCCCCCAGCGGGGCCCGUGGGCGUGUUUUUCAAUCGAUGCUCCUCCGGCUGCCCCGCAGGCGGGCGGGCGGGGCCGGCAUCCCCGCGCCCCUGACAGCCGCGGGAGGGGGCCCCCAGGAGCAGGCCGCGCCGCGCCUCGCCGCCGCCGGCCGGUUUCGGGGCGCCGGUCCAUGCCGGUCCCCGCCUUUGUUCUUGGGCCGGAGCGGAGACAUGCGCCGCUGACGAUGGAGGUGGAGGACUCGGGCGGCGUGGUGCUGACCGCCUACCACUCGCACGCGCGCCCCCAGCCGCCCAGCGCCGAGCCGCGCCGCGCGCCCCGGGCCGCCGGCCACCCGGGCAGCAGAAAAUCCAUUCCUCGCUGCCAGAGAAUUAGCAGGAUGCUUUCCAGUGAAUCCCUACGUUCGCCUGCUGUCAGCCGCUCCAACUCGCAGGCCUCCGUGGACAGUGCCUCGGUGGGAGAUUUCUGGCAGGAGACAGACAGUGUCAAAGAGAACAGCAUGGGGGGGCGAGAGGAGCAGGUGCCGGUGGAGGUCAAGCCUGUGGACGAAGGAGAACUUGAGGCAGAGUGGUUGCAAGAUGUGGGUUUAUCAACCCUGAUCUCUGGUGAUGAAGAGGAGGAUGGGAAAGCCUUGCUCUCUACACUGACCCGAACCCAAGCAGCUGCAGUGAAAAAGAGAUAUAAUACUUACACUCAGACCAUGAGAAAAAAGAACAAGCAAUCUGUCAGGGAUGUCAGAGACAUCUUUGGAGUCAGCGAAUCUCCUCCAGGGGAUCCCUGUGACAACUGUUCUUCUCAGUUGGAUGGCACUCAGGAGGAAAAAGAGCCACCAGGAGUUACCAAAACAAGUGGUUCCUUGCCAGAUGAUGCUUCUCUCAACAGUACUACCCUGUCAGUUGGGUCCCAGGAUGAAGAAGGGAGCUUUGCAGUUCCCAGAAGUGGCUCCAUGUCUAUCCUUGAGACUAUUCCAGAUAUACGAGCUCAUGCCAAUGGUUUGGUGGACCCUGGACAGUCCGUUCAGAAUGCACUGAGUGAUGAUGAUUAUCUGGAAAAGAGCAUUCCACCAGAAGCUGAAGAGCUGUCCUUUGAAGUAUCUUAUUCAGAAAUGGUUACAGAGGCUUCAAAAAGGAAUAAAUUUAAGAAGUCAGAUUUUAAGAAAGAAGACUAUGUUUUAACUAAAUUUAUUGUUCAGAAAACCAGAUUUGGCCUAACUGAAGCAGGAGAUCUGUCUACUGAAGACAUGAAGAAAAUCCGCCAUCUCUCUCUCAUUGAAUUGACGGCCUUUUUUGAUGCCUUUGGAAUUCAACUGAAAAGAAACAAAUCAGAGAAAGUAAAAGGGCGAGACAAUGGGAUUUUUGGAGUUCCACUUACAAUCCUACUGGACAAUGACCGAAAGAAAGACCCUGGAGUGAAAGUUCCCCUUGUAUUACAAAAAUUUUUUGAGAAAGUUGAGGAGUCGGGUCUGGAAUCUGAAGGAAUUUUUCGACUUUCAGGAUGUACUGCCAAAGUCAAGCAAUACCGUGAAGAACUGGAUGCCAAGUUUAAUGCUGAUAAAUUUAAAUGGGACAAAAUGUGCCAUAGAGAAGCUGCAGUAAUGUUGAAAGCGUUUUUCAGAGAACUACCCACCUCUCUCUUCCCUGUGGAAUAUAUACCUGCCUUCAUCACUCUAAUGGAAAGAGAGCCUCCCAUCAAAGUGCAGUUCCAAGCCGUACACCUCAUGGUCAUGGCGCUGCCUGAUGCCAACAGGGACACAGCCCAGGCCCUUAUGACAUUCUUCAAUAAAGUGAUUGCCAACGAAUCAAAAAACCGAAUGAGUAUAUGGAACAUUUCUACUGUAAUGGCGCCAAACCUUUUCUUCAGUAGAAGCAAACAUUCUGAUUAUGAAGAAUUACUGUUAGCAAACACUGCAGCCCACAUCAUCCGCCUGACGCUUAAGUACCAGAACAUUUUGUGGAAGGUUCCAUCUUUCUUGAUCACUCAAGUCAGAAGAAUGAAUGAAGCCACCAUGCUGUUCAAGAGGCAGCUCCCAAGUGUCAAAAAGCUGCUCAGGAGGAAGACCAUAGAACGAGAGGUUACAAGCCCCAAGACUUCGAAGGUACUACAAAAAUCAUCCUCUUCAAGAAGAAUGUCUGACGUGCCGGAAGGAGUCAUAAGGGUCCACGCGCCACUUCUCUCGAAGGUGUCAAUGGCCAUUCAACUCAGUAGUCAAACCAAAGCCAAAGACAUACUCGCAAAAUUCCAGUGUGAGAACAGUCAUGGUUCGUCAGAAUGCAUUAAGAUUCAGAACCAAAGAUUAUAUGAAAUUGGAGGAAAUAUAGGACAGCAUUGCUUGGAUCCAGAUGCUUAUAUGUUGGAUGUAUAUCAUGUAAAUCCUCAAGCAGAAUGGGUUAUUAAACCCCAACCAAGUUUUUGAAAUACCCCCCAAGAUGGCAGCUAUCAUGUAUUAUAUGUCAAGAAGAUCCUACAUUUGGUAGGGGAAAAAACAAGACUGCUUUUAACAUGUCUGUUCCUAUAACCCUCUUGGUUGGUGUUUCCCAGCAUUGUCAAUAUGAAUUAUGGAAGAGGAGCUGGUUGAUCAUUUGAGCUGAGGGUUUCUCCUGACGGUUCCCUGCUGAGAGUGAAGACAAGAGGAUGUGAACUUUAAUCAUUUCUACUUUGACUUCACAGCAGAAAUGAACUUGUCCCAUACCUGGGGAUAAGAAAUACUUCUUUAUGUAGCAAAUGCUACCAAACACAAGAGAUGGAAGACUCUUUUUUUAUACUUAUAUACAUAUAUCGAUACCUUUUUGAGCAAGAAUACCAGAAAUAUCAAUAAUUUCUGCUCUGCAAAAUAAUUCAGCUCUACUUUGCAAAGGGAGUCAGUUUCCAAAGUUACACAUACAAUAUUUAUGCUCUGAUUUCCUCCUGAAUUGGAGAAGGAGGAACUUCCAUUUAAAGAACACUGUGUUGUUAUGUAUGUCAUACUGUAUCAGCACUCUGGUGCAAAUGAACACUUCUCUAUCAUGGACUAUUGAAAACUGAUAUUUUUUAAAGCUUAUUCUCUUGUGAUUACAGGUCCCCAUGGCAAAGGUUAGUUUGACAAAGGGUGUUCUUAUGCUUUCCUCACCUUCUGUGUCGUUAAUAGUCACAGAGCCUCUAUUUUCUCAUCGUGAUUAUGGUGCUCACUGUAUAGCUGUCCAUGUGCCAGGCACAGAUUUCCUUCCCUGACCAGACAUAUCACUUUUUAUAUUUCACAUCUGUAGAUAGUUACUUCUGCAGCCCCAACAUAAAAAUACAGGACUGCCUUUAUCCAAUUGCUCUUUAUCCAAGAGUGCUGAAAAAUACUGUUAUAUCCAGAUUUUACAUGCCGUAAAAGCAGAUUUUGUUUCUGUUCAUCAAUCAUAGAUGUGGCCAGCCACUGUGGAUUAGCAUCAGGCUUUAAAAUCUGAUGCAUAUUUGCUAAGCGGAAAGCUCUCUCUCUGUCAAGACCCUGCAGACCGUUUUCCAGACUUGCAAUUGGCCAGACACGCACUUCUCCACGAUUCUAACGGAAAGCAAAUCUAAAAUGCGCUGAGCGGUCAGACAGCUCUGCCUUCCACCUUGAGACUGCAGACCUAGUCCUUCUAGGGUGAGCUAGAAAUAAGGACAGAGGUCUCAUUUACCCCACAUGUGUGCUUUGGAUAGAAUCCACAGAUUGAGAUUUUGAUGAAUUUAUGUCGGUUUUAAUGAGAUUUAACGCCCAAAUGACUCUCUUUUGCAGUUCAGACAAUUCACACGAUAGAUGAAGUUGCUCACAAAUGCAGAAAACAUAAUGAGAUAAUAAUUUAAGCCCAUAUGUGGAAGAAAUAUUUUGCAUUCUGCAGUAUGCCUUGAUGCCUAUAAAAACACUACUUAAAUUCAACAUAUAGAUAAUUGUGUUUCUGGCCAUUAGGAUUUUGUUAUAUUUUUAUAGAAAACUCAAAUAUCCAUUCAUUUUAUUUGUUUAUUUGAGAAUUUUCAUUUCCUUUGCCUGAAAACCCAUUAGAAGAUAAAUAUGUGCUCUAUAGGUAUAUAUUUAUUCCUACAUUUCAUCAGUUUUCAAUGUAUGGUUAACUGAUGGCACAUGAGUUUACAUAAUGAAUUUCAGGAGUCUGAAAAAUUGCUUUUAUCAUUUUUGCAAUUCAAAGAAUAGGAGUAAACGUUUUAUGUUAUGUAGUUUCUAAGUUCCAAGACAUAUGAUGGCAAUGAUUUAUGCCUACACACGUGGAAGAAAUUCUUCAAAUUAGCUACCUUACACGUCUAUGCAUGUAUAAAAACAAUGGCUGAUUUUUGUCACUGUAUUUCAUAUCAUUUAGAAUAGUUAAAUUCUAUUGUGUUUAUACAGAAAAUUGACACAUCUAUUCAUUUGAUUUUUUAUUUGGGAAUUUUCAUUUCUUACAUAUAGAACCUAUACAUAAGUUCUAAAGGUUUUAAGAUUUACUCCACUUGUCGUUAGUGUUAAAUAAAUGCCUAACAGAUGACAGGUAAAAAAUAAUAAGUUCCUGAAUUUCUUAUCCACUUCUGUGUGGUUUCAGAUGUCAAAAAUUUAGCUGAGUCAAUAACUUUAAUCACUUCAGUGUAUUCAAGGAUGUGUGACAACUGUCCAAUAACUAUACAAUGUGGAAGGCCAUGUCACUACCAAUAUAUUGGAUAUAACUUUUAUUCUUAGUCACAGUUAACCAAUUGAUUAGAGAAGAAUUUUCAGUAGACACACAGACUAAUUUUUGUGUGGUUAAAGAGAUUCUUGUUAAUAAUUUUAUUGGUAAAGAAAAAAAAACUCCUACAAUUAAAAUUCACAAAUACCUGUCAACUAAGUAUUGAAAAAACUAUCUUUGCCUUAUCACGAGUUGUUUUAAAAUAGUUACAGUAAUCAGUGAAAAUGAAUAGUACGUUUGCAAAAAAAAAAAAGAGUCAGAUAGAUACUGGGCUUCUGAAUUCUCUUCUUGAUAGCUCCCUCCUCACCUCGUCCAAGUGCUCUUGCUGCAGUUAGGAAAAUAACACCCAGGAACGGAUUGAGAAAGUUCACAUUUUAGGAACACUUAUUCAGGAAAAAAACCCUAGAACAAGCUCAUUUUUUUCUCCAUUUUGCAAAAGAGAAUCCCUUUGUUAAGCAGCUCACUUGGGGAUGUGAUUUUUGGAGUCAAUGGUCUUCGAAACUGGAAUAUUAAUUUCUUUGCAAUGUAUAUACAGUAUAAACUACCUCACUUGCCUGUCUUGGGAAAAAAAUUAAGGACUUUAACAAUUGUUGUUACAACCUGUCCCUGAGUCUUAUUAUUUAAGUCACUUCAGUUAGCCUUCAGUGUACAUUUAAUAAUAUACAUUUAAGGAUGUAAAAUAUUUUUAGCUAAAGCUUUAAAGCCAAACUGCUCGGUAUCUGUUAGCUGUGGUGCGCCCUGAGAGAGUUCGUGUCCCUCAGUCGUUGUCUUGUGUGUUUAACCACGUGGAGAUGCAUGUUUUCGAGAGGAGGAAUUACUGUUCAUCUCUUCUCUGAGGCGCUUUGCACCUGCUUUCCCCGUAUUGCACUUGACUAGAAAGUAACAUGAGAUUAAAAUGUCCCUUCUUUCUAUCAAGGGCAUUUCAACUGUUCUUCACAAAUGUAUUACAUGCCUGAAAAGAAUACAUAUUAUGGAAUUGAAUAGUUCCUAGUUUCUGACAGGCAUGUUCAACUCUUUUCCAUAAAUAUGUCACUUAAUAAAAAAUAAUAUGACAUGAAUUAAAAUGUUUCAAGCAUUUCCAACAGUUUUACACACACACCCCUGAAUUUGAAAAUAACAUCUUAUCUUUUGGGCAUUUUCCAACUAUUUUCUAAAACUAAGUGAUUUGAUUGAAAAAUCAUAAAUGUCACGAGAAAUGUCAUCUUUUAUGUUAUCUCCCAUCUCAAAAGUUAAUAUUGAUUCUUUUGUCCCAUCCGCUUUCAUUGUUAAGUAUAAUAUGUAUGUUGCAUUUUACCCACAAAAAUAAAGAGAAAAAAACUAAAAA